GUUGCUACCCGGAAUCAGGAAGCGUUCGCAGUAAAACGGAUGUGAACACGAAUGAUGAUUCCAAGACUCCUAAAUAAACCCGUAAUAUGAGAUUGUGGAAGAAGGAUCUUGACGGGAAGGAAUACGGCAAAGCUGCUGAGCCUCUCCGAAACGUAAAGAUGAAGUGAAAUUAUAAAGGAGAAGCACUGCGAAUCCGGACCUGUGCAGACCUACGUUACCUGGCCACCUGAAAGCUGACCUUGGAGUGCCAUGUUUGUGACGGCAUAUCUUGCGUUUGUGGCCCUGGUGGUCCUGUGUCUAUGUCUGGAACUCGCAGCUCGGCGCAUUGCUUCUCAGCAGUCCACUCAGGCGACCGUGGCCAACCCAGCUUUCCUCUCCUUCCAAAAGGUCUUCUUAAAAACAUACCUAUUGGCCCUGUGGGCUGACUGGCUACAGGGGCCAUACCUUUACAAGCUCUACCAGCAUUACAGCUUCCUGGAGUCCCAAAUUGCCAUCUUGUAUGUCUGUGGUCUGGCCUCUUGCGUACUGUUUGCCCCUGUGGCUGGCUGGCUGCCACAGGUUCUAGGCCGAAGGCAGACGUGCCUUGUUUUCUGUGUGUCCUACUCUGUGUGCUGCCUCACAAAACUGUCUCAGGACUACUUCGUGCUCAUCCUGGGUCGUGUGCUGGGUGGACUCUCUACUUCCCUGCUCAGUACGGCCUUCGAGUCCUGGUAUGUGCACUGCCAUGUUAAUGUGCAUGAUUUCCCCAAAGAAUGGAUCCCUGUGACGUUCAUCAAAGCUGCGGACUGGAAUCACGGAUUGGCUGUGGCUGCUGGGCUCGUGGCAAACCUGUUUGCAGAAUGGUUGGAGCUAGGACCUGUAGCUCCUUUUCUGCUUGCUAUUCCAAGCCUGGCUGCAUGUGCUUGGAUGGUAUUUUUUGACUGGGGAAAUGAGGAAAAACUACAGCGUGUAGGCCAAAGAGACAGAAAUAGUGCUAAUAUCGGCCUUCAAAGUGCCCCUCAGACUCGAUUCCGACGAGCCUGUCUGGAAGGCGUGCGCUUUCUGUUCGCAGAGCGUCGUGUAGUGCUCCUGGGUGGUGUGCAGGCCAUUUUUGAGAGCGUGCUCUAUGUUUUCAUAUUUCUGUGGACACCUGUGCUGGAGCCACAGGGCCCGCCACUCGGCAUUGUCUUCUCCUGCCUAAUGGCAGCCAACAUGGCAGGUUCAUCACUCUUCCGUUUGGCCACAUCAGCCCGUUACCGGCUCCAGCCGGCCCACCUGCUGGGCUUGGCCACACUGCUCGCCUUCUUCUCUUUCUUUAUGCUGACGUUUUCGACUGCACCAGGCCAACCAAAACCCAGGGAAUCGUUUCUGGCUUUCCUGCUGCUGGAGUUGGCAUGUGGCUUUUACUUCCCUGCUGUGAGCUUCCUUCAGGGCCGUGUGAUCCCCGUGGAGCGCAGGGCUGCGGUUUUGUCCUGCUUUCGUCUGCCGCUCCACUUGCUGGCAUGCUUUGGCUUGCUGGCGCUACAUGGUGAGGUGUCAGGAGCCGGUGCAGGCGAGGCAGGUAGUGGCACCAGGCACAUGUUCGCCGGCUGUGCUGGAAUGAUGCUAGCCGCCUUGCUGGCUGCUGUGAGCCUCUUCACUCUGGGGAGGAAUGAUGCAGACCUGAGACUUGAUGGGACCAAGGGAGAGGGUGAGAUUUAAUCAGGAGGAUGAAAGGCUUUGCAGAAAGAUCAUAAAGUGAACUACUUUGCCAAGACAAAAAGCUGUUUAGCUGUCCGAACAAUAUUUGCGGCAGAAUGUUUUAAAUGAAGUACUUUGUGAAAUGACUACCAUGACUUUCAACAUGUUCAGUGGUAAAGCAGACCAAAGGUGAUAAAAUGGUUGGAGUAUUUGUUGUUUAGUUUGUGGUUUCAUAAAUAAAGUAUAGUCUGAUAGUCUGACUGAGUUUUCAGCUCCCUUGGUGAAGAUGGAUAUAAGUUAUAUGAGUAAGAAAUUCUUCUAGAUUUUCAUGAAUUGGUUAAACAAUGUUGUCUUAAAAGAUGAUGUUGAACACACAUACUGAAAGGUCUACGCUAGUUGGUCUAGCCACAAUUUUUUUUAGUUUUUGUUUAAGCCAUGCAUGCUUCGAACCAAACAAAAGCAUUGUUUUAAACAUUCACAUGCAUGGUUAAGCCAAUCCUGACUCCAAAACCAUGCUUUAUUUUAUUUUAUUUAUUUUUAAUUUUUUUUUUUUUUUUGGUUUUGCUAUUUUCGCAUUCAAU